AUUCCUCUCUCUCUCUCUCUCUCUCUCUCUCUACAAUGUCGUCCUUUUUUUCCUCUGCAUUGCUUUUGGUUCUAUUGUUCAUGACAAGUCUAAUGGCUGCCUCAGCUUUGAGAUUCGACCGAAAUGUCGAAUUCUACUGGGGCGGUCAAUUCGCUAAUGUACAAAGCGGCAAAGCUGUCACGAUGUCUUUAUACAACUCCGGCGGCUGUGGUUUCCAAUCCUACGAUGGGUUUCUAUUCGGAAGGUUCGACAUGCGCAUCAAGCUUGUUCCUGGCAAUUCCGCCGGCACCGUCACCACAUACUAUAUAUCCUCUUCAGGACCAUAUCAUGAUGAGGUCGAUAUGGAGUUUUUAGGCAAUGUGACAGGACAACCAUAUAUACUUCACACCAAUAUUUUCUCCAACGGCGUAGGCGGCCGGGAACAACAAUUUUCUCUGUGGUUCGAUCCCACGUUAAAAUUCCACAAGUACUCCUUCAUUUGGAAUCGCCAACUCAUCCUUUUGUUGGUGGAUAAUAAAGCGGUAAGGAUAUUCAACAAUAACGAAGCCAUCGGCGUUCCGUUCCCGAAUUCGCAAGCGAUGAACGUCUACUCGAGCAUCUGGUGCGGGGAUAGUUGGGCAACGGAAGGCGGGAGAAUAAAGACCAAUUGGGCGGACGCUCCUUUCACUGCUUCCUUCAGGAAUUUGAAAGCGAAUGCAUGCAAAGUCUCGUACGGAUCAACUUCGUGUGGCUCCAGCACUCCGUUAUGGCAACCCGUAACGUUGAACGACACAAUCAAGAAACAACUCGCCCGGGCGCAGAACAAGCAUAUGAUUUACAAUUACUGCACCGACUACGCGCGAUUUCCCCAAGGGUUUCCCCCCGAAUGCUAUCGUCCGCAGUUUUACCAAUGAGCGCGUUUUCGCUUCUUGAUUUUAAUCGAAGUGAUCUUUUGGUUCUCGAUUAUCUUUUCUUCCCGGAGUAAUUUUGUAAACUGGCGCAACAAGAUCAUGGGUAUUUUUCGUUUUUGGGUAAAUAAGCUCAUGUGUAUUAAUCCUUAUUCUUUCAAUUAAAGUGCUAAUGUACAAUUACCAAAUUAAUGCAAGAUAUAUUGCAGCAAUUUUUAAUCUGAAUA